AUGCUAUCUUCAGUUAUCAGAUGCGGAGGACAUCAGGCGGCGUCGUCGAAAAUGACACCGGCCGUUUCGAUGGCGAUUCGCAGAUUCGAUCCGUUGGAGGCGAAAAUGGCACAGAAAAAGGCUGAACUAAUGGCUCAACAACAGCAAGCCGAAGGCGAUCAACAUCGUGUGACGUACGCAACAAAAGACGAUUUCAAGCACACGGUUCAAGAUUCUCGUUUCACUGGAGCCGCCGAUUCAGAGACCGGACAAGUGCCGACGAAAUGGCAGAAGAAGUUUCUGGUUAUUACCAAGUUGUACCCAUCGGUUGAGGAUAUUCCACCAUUUGUUCACCAUGGCACAAUGAACCGAAUGCAUGACAGAAUGCGUGUCGUAUUCAUCGUCACCGCUUCCAUCUUCUUCUUCUCCACAUUCUACAUUGCCGAACGUGCGAUGGCUCAGAAAAUCGCUCGUGAUCGUGACGCUGGAGUCGUUGUUCAUAAGAUGUAA